AUGUCUAACAACGCCCAAGAACAAAUUAACUUAAUUACUAAUAAGGCAAAAAUUCGUUAUUUAGACAUCAGCAACCGAGAUUUGUCCGGUAAUGUUGAUUUAAAAGAAUUUACAGAAUAUGCUCAAAAAUUAGUUGCUAAGGGGAAUAAUAACCAGCAGCAGAACGCUCACUAUCUCCAAACUCUUAUUCAGCAUGGAAGUUCGCCAGUUAAGGAUAAUAAGCAAUCUGGCAAUAAUACUCCGCUUUUAGUUGGUGGCUUAGUGAUUUUUGGAAUUGUGGUGUUAGCAAUUGGUUAUCUCCAGUCGGUUUUAGAGUUAGCGAAAUUUCCUAGUUCCGAUGUCGGCUGGUUAGAAAGAUUAGAAAAAGAACUUAACCAACAAAGCAAGAAAAAUAACCAACUCCAAAGACGCUUACAACAGAAUAAAAGUCAACUAAAAAAGCAAACUGGUCUCCAAGACAAAACCAUUAAGAGGUUAGUUAAUGCUCGCACUCUAAUCAGCAGUUUUAACUGUGAUAAUCAACUUUACCAAUCCGAAAUAAGGUCUUUGGAAAACUCUUUGUUAAAUAAAGAGCAACAAAUUAACGAACAACAGCAAACUAUCACCGAUAAAGACAAUUUAAUUAAUCAACUCCAAGGAGCAAUAACCAAUUUACAGCAAGAUAAACAGAACUUACAAAAUCAAAUCACUAAUAAAGACCAGAAAAUAACUGAUUUAGAGACGCAGUUAAGCGAAAAAGAGCAGGAAUUAAAAGAAAAAGACCAAAUAAUUGUGGAAUUAAGAAAUAAACCACCGCUUAAUCCAGUAAAUAAUAAUCCUGAUAAGUCAGAUAAUAAUCCGCAACAGGAACCUAAUAACUUCUUAACUGAAAAAGAGGAAUUAUUAAACACUAUUAAGCAACAAAAAGAAGUUAUUCAGGAAUUACAAAAAAAACUUAAUCUAGUCAAAGAACCGCAAAUAAUAGUUAGAGAGGUGCCAAAACAGGAUUUAACCACUAUCCAGCGAUUACAAACCCAGUUAAAAAGUAAAGAACAAACUAUCAACCAAUUACAUUUAAUUUGCUUACUGCUGUUGGGGUCAGGGUUGAGAGUAAAUGAGGCAGUAAGUUUUGAUUUGGCAAAUAAGACCAAAAAGGGUUUGUAUCGGAUAAAUAAGCCAAAAGGCAAGAAAGAGCGAUUUGUUUAUGUCAGUAAGGAAGUUCGAGAACUGAAUAUUAGCGAAAAAGUGGAGUUGACCCCUCAUACGCUACGGCGUUCUUUUGCUACUUAUCAGGCCGAAGCAGGUUUACCCUUGCCUCUUUUACAGAAAUUAUUAGGGCAUUCCUCCAUUAGAACCACCGCUUUAUAUUGGCGGAAUAUUUAUGGUGAUGAUAACACUCCUAAUAUUCUCGCUGGUAAGAAAUGGUUAGAAAGUAAAGGAAAAGAACCAUCGCAACCACCAGCCGAAAAUUUUCCAAAACAACCACCCGUGAAUUUGGAGCCAAUUAUUAGAGAUAAACCAGUAAUUCCUGCCAAGAAACACAUUCAGCAAGAUAACCCAUCAUUACUUACUGAAAUAAAAGAAAAAACCAUAACUAACUAUCAGUCCAAAUCAUUGGAAGCUGAGAACAGCAAUUUAAAAUCAGUAGUUCAAUCAGACAAGCAAAAUAACCAAUUCUUAAAGAAAACUAUCACUAAUUUAACGCACAAAAUUCAUGCUGAUAAACAAAACCACACUAACCUAAUAAGUGCUUAUCAAAAAGCCUUAAAUGAUAAAGCCAGAGCCGAAUUAUUUGCUGAAAAAGAAAAGCAAAGAGCAGAUAAUUACCAACAACAAUUAAAAACCAUCGCUAAAGCUCUUUACCAAUGA